GUCACGAGACUUUGGCGAUCGCGGGAAAACUUGUCUCCGCGCCGGGGUAGAAGGCGCGCGCGGGACUUUGAAUCGUGGGCCCCCGGGACGCGAGCGGACAUGAGCCUUUGGGUGGACAAAUACCGGCCCUGCUCCUUGGGGCGGCUGGACUAUCACAAGGAACAGGCGGCCCAGCUGCGCAACUUGGUGCAGUGUGGUGACUUUCCUCAUCUGUUAGUGUAUGGACCAUCAGGUGCUGGGAAAAAGACAAGAAUUAUGUGUAUUCUACGUGAACUUUAUGGUGUUGGAGUGGAAAAGUUGAGAAUUGAACAUCAGACCAUCACGACUCCAUCUAAAAAGAAAAUUGAAAUUAGCACGAUUGCAAGUAAUUACCACCUUGAAGUUAAUCCCAGUGAUGCUGGAAAUAGUGACCGGGUAGUAAUUCAGGAGAUGUUGAAAACAGUGGCCCAGUCACAGCAACUUGAAACAAACUCUCAAAGAGACUUUAAAGUGGUAUUAUUGACAGAGGUUGACAAACUCACCAAAGAUGCUCAGCAUGCCUUGCGCAGAACCAUGGAGAAGUAUAUGACCACUUGCAGACUUAUCUUGUGUUGUAAUUCUACAUCUAAGGUGAUACCACCUAUUCGUAGUAGGUGCUUGGCAGUUCGUGUGCCUGCUCCCAGCAUUGAAGAUAUUUGCCAUGUAUUAACCACUGUGUGCAAGAAGGAAGGUCUGAAUCUUCCUUCACAACUGGCUCAUAGACUUGCAGAGAAGUCCUGCAGGAACCUCAGAAAAGCACUACUCAUGUGUGAAGCCUGCAGAGUGCAACAAUAUCCUUUUACUGAAGAUCAAGAAAUUCCUGAAACUGAUUGGGAGGUAUAUCUGAGGGAGACUGCCAAUGCUAUUGUCAGUCAGCAGACUCCACAAAGGCUUCUUGAAGUUCGUGGAAGACUCUAUGAACUUCUAACUCAUUGUAUUCCUCCUGAAAUAAUAAUGAAGGGCCUUCUCACAGAACUUUUACAUAAUUGUGAUGGACAACUGAAAGGAGAAGUGGCCCAGAUGGCAGCCUACUAUGAACAUCGUCUGCAGCUUGGUAGCAAAGCCAUUUACCACUUGGAAGCAUUUGUGGCCAAAUUUAUGGCACUUUAUAAGAAGUUCAUGGAGGAUGGAUUGGAAGGCAUGAUGUUCUGACAUGUGUCAGUAUUUCUUCAUAAUAUUUUUCAGUAUCAGCAUUUACAGUCAGUUUAUACUGGAAGAGCUGCAGGUAAAAUAAACACACUAUUUAAUCAUGUCUUAUUCGUGUUUUUUGUGAUAACUCUUUUGUGAAUUAUUACUAGUCUUUACCCUCUAAGUUAAAUACUUGCCCUUACACUACUGAAGUAUUAGGAAAUUACAACUAGAAACUUCAGAGUCCAGGAACAUGAUUGUAACUUACUUUAAGGUUCUUUUGUAUUGAUCUUCCCAUUUUCCAUCCAGUGUUUCACCUGCUAGAGAAAAUUUAUA